GCAAAGCAAACGCGAAAAGCGGCAAACCGUCGGUGGCAGUUGUUGCGUGUGUCGCACGUCGCGCGGAUUUUACGCGCCGUAAAAAGAAGAGCAGGAGGAGGCAGAGGGACUCCGCAGGCAAGAAGAGCGGACUCUCCUUCGUGGAAUCGACGGCGGCUCGAGGACGAGCUCGUUUCACGCGACUGCGAUUUAUCGAAGAAAGGGGAGGGAGGAAGAUCGACAGAGCGCGAGUUGACCACGUCCGAGAGGCCGCAUCAUGUUAGCUUUCGCCGUUCGCGGGGUGGUCCUGCUCGGCGUGCUAAGCUGGUAUAGCGCCACCGUGUGGAAGAUGAUCGACGGUUACUUCAAGGACCAGUUCCGGACGUACUUGCAGGAGGAGUACCGCAAGUAUCCGCGGAUGCGCUCGGACGUGGAGAAGGCCGGAGCGGUCGAUAAGGAGCCGGCUCUGGAGGCCUUGCCAACCGAGUCGAGCACCUACGUGGAGAUCUACGCUCCCGACGCGGUCUGCCCGGCCGACACGGCAGACACCUGUCCACGUGCGACCGCUUCGGAGGCAGCGGCGGCGGCGGCAGCGGUGUCGGCCGUGGCGAAAGAAGUGACAGGUGGUAGCAGUGAAAACGCGGCCGCCGGUUCCACCGAUAAAAAUGCAUUCCCCGAGAGCGCGAGCCGAUCGCCGCUGGAAAGUAGGAAGCUACCGGACGGCAGCAGCGACACGCAUGACGGCGAGCGGCGGUCGAACGCCAUCAAUCAGGGCGACGGUCACGAAGAGGAGGCGACCGGGUCGCCCCCGACGUCGCCCCCGCGUCCCGUGAAACCGCGACGACGCUACGACAAGAGGAAAGCCUCGACGGAGCUCUCGCGGGAGAAGCCGGCGAAACGAAGAGUGAACACGAUCGUCCUGACGGACGCCGAUUUCGAGAGGGCGAGGCGCAGCGAUGACGGAUACGACUUCUCGGAGUUCGAGGACGUCGACGAAGAGGGCCGGAAGGUCCUCACGGAGGGGAUCCUCGUGUCGGAUCUGCCGUUCAAGCCCAAGGCAGAUAUCGGCAACUUGGAGAGGGUCACCGCGGAAGAGUUCUGUCCUUUGACCUUGGAGGACGAGGCUUCCUGCGGAGAAACCACCACGUGGCCGUGAUUAUGCCUGAUGCGUGCGUCGCUCGAGCGUGUUGAAAGUGUCGAGUUGUCCGGAAAAACUUACGCGCUAACAGCGGAGUCCCGAGGGCGCUUGAGGACACGCGCUGGGAGAGAGAGAGAGAGAGAGACAGAUGAGGCGGAGGACUGCGACUAUUAUUAGAAUAAAUCUGUUCAACCAGUUCUACAGCUCUCAGUUAGGGACAAUGACGAUAGAUCCUGCGCGCAGACGUUUUCAAGUUUUCUGCGCGUCUGUCGAGGUGAUCCAGUUCGAGUUGGAAUGAAAGGGACUAAAUAAUGGUUUGAUCGUAAUAAUAUGAUUUGAUCGUGACUUUUUUAAGUAGCUCUACACUUUGCUGUUAUGCCGGUGCGUGGGAAAAAAUGCCGUCGAGUCGAUAGAAUUGAUCGACGACGGCGGCGGCGGCGUGUAAUUGCAGCAAAUUUUUCUUUUAUUAAAUGGCAGUAUUGCGGAAGAACUAAUAUGUCAUGCGUUGGCUUGAUAACUCGAAUGUUAGUUUCAAUAAUAUUGCUGUAGAAUCGAAAAGAUUUAUUUCGAUCACAGGUAACAAUUGUCGAUCAGUUCUAUCGGUUCAACAGCGUUCUUUUCCGUGUAUUCGAUAGAUUAAGUCUUAUAAUCAAGUUACUUAUCCUUAUAUAAAUAACUUGUUCUCUAUGUUAUGAAGAUGAAGAUAUUAGCAUAUGAAGACAUGAAGAU